ACGCGAGCGGAGCUGCGGCCUGGCUGCCCUCCGGCCCGGCGCCAGGGAGCAUGGUGCGCUUCGCCCUGACGGUCAUCCGCCAUGGCGAAACAAGACUUAACAAGGAGAAAAUAAUUCAAGGACAAGGAGUAGAUGCACCUCUUUCAGAAACUGGAUUUAAACAAGCAGCUGCGGCUGGUACUUUUCUUAAAAAUGUGAAGUUCACCCAUGUUUUCUCCAGUGAUCUUACAAGAACAAAGCAGACCAUGCAGGGGAUUUUGGAGAAGAGCAACUUUUGCAAAGAUAUGACAGUGACGUAUGAUUCUCGACUUCGAGAAAGGAAAUACGGGGGUGCAGAAGGCAGGGCGCUAAGCGAGCUACGGGCAAUGGCUAAAGCGGCCGGGGAGGAGUGCCCUUCGUUCACGCCACCCGGAGGAGAGACACUGGACCAGGUGAAAAUGCGUGGGAAAGACUUUUUUGAAUUUCUUUGUCAAUUGAUCCUGAAAGAAGGUGAUCAACAAGAGCAGUAUUCCCAAGGAGCUCCAAGCAACUCUCUGGAAACUUCUCUGGCUGAGAUAUUCCCUUUAGGAAAAAACCAUGCCUCCAAAUUUAAUUCAGACAGCGGUGCUCCAGGAUUAGUAGCCAGUGUCUUAGUUGUGAGUCACGGCGCAUACAUGAGGAGCCUGUUUGAUUAUUUUCUGACUGACCUUAAGUGUUCUUUACCAGCAACACUGAGCAAAUCUGAACUUAUGUCAGUCAGUCCCAAUACAGGGAUUAAUGUCUUUAUCAUAAACUUUGAGAAAGGAAAAGAAGUCAAGCUAACAAUUCAGUGUAUCUGUAUGAACCUACUGGAUCAUCUAAAUGGAGCAACUGAAACACACUAAAAUUAAAUCUACAUCAAAAUUAACAGUUUUGAGCCCUAGAGGGAGUGCCUUUAACUUUGGCUUUAUUUAUUUUGGUCCUCUGCUCGUGCAGAUUUGGAAGCAGUUAAAGAACGUCUAUUAUAGCAGGUUAUAAAACACAAAUGGAGUCAUAGCCACAUAAAACACUAAUGGAAAACCUAUUGGAAUUGAAUUAUUUUUAUCUGAGUAUAGUUGGCAUUUUCCAGAGUAAUUUUACCCCCCUGCUCAAUUGCAUCUCUAAAUUAUAAAUGGAUGAAAGAGCUCAGUAUUACGACCUGGGGGGUUAAUAACCUCCUUACUAGGUUUUCUUCCCUUUUUUUCAGUGUUCUAGCCUAUUUUAUUUGCUCUUGAUAAGAUUCUGGAUGUUUUAUGCUGUCUCAUCCAGUGUUUGGGAGAAAGAACUAAUUAUAAUUCCCACUGCAUACUUAUAGUGACAUAUAUGUUAUAUUUUUAAAGUCCUUUCAAUGAAAAAUGCUUGCCUUCAUAAGUUUACAAGUUAUAUAAAGCAAAGUGACACUAAAAUGUUUAACAUCAAAAUCCACUGUUGGAAUUUUUUGCUCAAGGGCUUGAAGUGUGGCUGAGUGCAGACUGUGAUUGCAGCAUGGUCUAGUAAAGACAUUUAUAUAAAAAGCAUAAAACAAGAUGUCUGAGCAGGACAAGCUAAAGAGCACUGCUUGUCUAAUCUGUAGGCUGAAGAUGUAGUUUGAAGAAGACUAAAGAAAAUGGUGAAUAGUGUAGGACCCAGUAACCUCAGAAUAAAAGAGGGAGCUUGGUCAAGAAGUCUGAUCUUGUAAACCACAGCUGGUUUUGUGUGUGUGUGUAUGUGUGUAUGUGUGUGCGGGGUACAGAUGAUGUUGCUUCAUAUUCCCACCAGAUGGCACUGGAGGAAAGGAAUUGUGCUUAACAGUCUUGUACAUAAGAUCGACCCUUCAGGAAUCUGCACUAGAUGAAGAAUGUGUUGUAAGUGUAGUUUACUUUUAGUCAUCAUGUUGAUAAAUACCAUGUCUCAACUUUUAAGAAGAUUAUCACUUAAGUUGACCAUUAAGGCUAAAAUUGAGUGUUGACAAAAUUUACUUUGAAGAUCAUUGAAACCAUAUCUAAAGCUCAGUAUUGUGCUGACCUCAGUGUGUCCAACAUUGCCAGCUUCCCACAGUGUGAACAGAACACGUGAUCAGGCUCCAGAGAAUACAUGCUGCAAAUAAACACUUGAUAAAAGAAUUGAAAAGACAAUAAAUAUUCAUGUUCCCACCUUCCAUAACUAAAAACUUUACCUUAAAAAAAGAAAUUCCUGUGCUCAGUUCUCACUGUCCUGUCUCCUGUUCCCUGCAGAGGCGGCUACCGGCCUGAGUUUGCAUGCAUCCACACUUCACGUUUUCACCUUGUUUCAUAAGGAAAUGGUAUUGUUUGCAUUACUUUUUUUAAAUGUACAUAAAUAUCAUCAAGUUGUCUGUAACUUUAUUAUCUCAGUAGAUCCUGGAGCUCCGUGUUGAUAGGUACAAGUCAAAUGACUGAUAACCACUGCAUCCUAUUGAAUAAAUACAGCAUGUUUUAUUUGUUUAUUCAUAUUUAAUGUUUUCCUGUACAAAGAAGGCUCAGGAAGCAGCCUUUCAUGUCUCUCCCUGUGCUGGGUCAUAGAAAGUGUGCCUUUCCAGGAUGACAGGCACCAGGUGGUUCUCCAGAAUGGCCGCGCUGUCCUGUCCCACCAGCAGUGAUCAGACAUUUCUAUUUUCCAGCAUGAAGCUAUCUGAUGAGAUUGCAUUAAUCCAACAAGUGAAAAAUAGUAUGUCGCUAUUUCAGUGAGCUUUUUUUUCUGUUAUUGCUAAUGAGUCUGGGCGUUUUGGUUUUUUUUCAUGUGUGUACGGAAAUUAGAAUUUUCUAACUGAUAAAUCACCAUUCUCUAUUCUUUGCCUGGCUCUCUGUUGGGCUCUUUGGCUUCUUCUUAGUGAAUUACAGGAAUACUAUUGCAGAUAUCUUCAGGUUGACUUGUGCUUCAGAUUUUUUUUCAUAAAAGUAUUUUUAAGUCAGACCAAUAUAUCUUGUCCUUUAUGUUUUUCUUUUCUUUCCCUGCUGUCUUUAAGAAGCUUUCUCUGUGCGGUCAUAUAAUAAUUGACUUUUUCUCCCUGACAGUUCUAGAGGAGUUUUGAAUACUAAUUCUUUAAAUUAUCUGGAAUUUAUUUUUGUAUGGUAUAAGGUCAGAAUUAAAUUUCUUUAUUUCAUGUGCUGAAACCGUUACUGCAGCUUCAUUAUUGGGAGUCUUCUUUCCCAGUCGAUACGUGAUUCUACUCUGUUCAUACCCACAUACACCCACCCACACUUGCUGGAGUCUGUCUCUGGACUGUGUUCUGGUUAGUGAUCUGUAUGUUUCCAUGACAGUAGCACACUUAGAUGCUGUAGCCUUGCAACCACAUAUCUUAAUGUGAUGAGUACGUCCCCUUGUUCAUUUUUGUAGUUACAUUAGCUAUUUAUGCACCUUUAUUCCACAUAUAUUUCAGAAUCGGUUGGUCAAUUUGCUGAAAAAUCUGUUGCAAAUCAUUGCAGUUGCAUGCAUUUGUUUAUCUAGUCAUCUAGUAAAUACUUUUUGUGCAUGGCAUGCACCUGCCAGGCUAUUAUUAGAACUAUUAGAAGAACUGAAUAUAUAGCAAUGAACAAAAAAUAGCUUUAUCCCCAUUCUUGUGGAGCCUGUAUUCAGUCAGGGAAGACAGAUAAAUACAUAUGUCAAAGGGGGUCGGUGCUAUUGAGAAAAGUGAAGCAGGACAGGGGAUCCAGACUGGAAGAGGAAUGCUGCUUUAGUUAGGGCAGACUGGGAAGAACUUAGAGUUAUACCAAAAUAAUGAAAGACUCAGUGGCUGUGUAGAUCCCUGAGACUAGAGCCACCCAGACGGGGAGUGGAGAGCUCGGGACCCUGAGGAGGCACCCUGCUUUGCAUCUUUCACCCAUGCAAGAGGUGCUGGGAGAACACAGGAGAGGACUGAGCCGAGAGCGUGGAAGCUGGAGGUGGUGGAGGAGCCUUGUGACUAACGCUAUGACUGUGGGGUUAUCUGUUGAUGGUUAAAGUCUGAUGGGGUUAGGCAGUAACACAGGAAAGGUUUGUUAUUAAGAGAACUACUUUCAAGUUCUAAGCCUGGCUCUUGGUCAUUUUGUGGGUGAGCAAGUCUCCAUAUCCCUGAGUCCUAUGUCCUUACGUGAUGUGCAGAAUACAUACAGUAAUGUGUACGUGUGCUGAUAGCCUUUUACCUUUGCUUUAUCAAAUCUGCAGUAAGGUUGUAAGAAUUAUACAAGGAACUCCAGUGCAUCCUUCACCCAGAUGUGUUCACUAUCUGCUUACGUUUUGCCCCAUCUGCUUUGUCAUUUGUUCUUUCUCUUCCCACUCCUGUUCCCCUACCCCCUAUUUGUCCCCCUUUCUUGUUUUCUCUCAUUGUGUCUCCUACAUAUAGCCAUAAAAGAACAAAAAAAAAAAAAACAGGAAAUUUGCUAUUAAUACAAUCUAUUCUGAGCCUCCCUGGUGGCGCAAGGGGUUAAGAUGCAACCUGUGAAGCUGUCCGCAGCCUCUGCAGCAGAAGUUCAAUCCCCAGCCAGGGAGCUACCCACAUGGCACAGCAGACCUCUCCUGUCUCGCCUGCUACUCCCCUCAGCAGUGUAUUUCAGUCAGUCUGCCUGUUCUGCACUCUGUCUCUGGUGAAUACUCUCACCCCCUGCACCUCUGGCCUACACCCCAGCUCUUGUAUGCAUAAAUAAAUCUUUAAAAAAAAUAGAAUCUAUUCUAAUCCACACAGCGUAUUUACAUGUGGUCAGUUACUCCAUUGAUGUUCCUUUUGGCUGACUUUCUUCUGAGUCCAGCAUCCAAUCCAGGAACCACAUGUUACCCUUAGUUGUCACGCCACUUUUUUUCUCCACUAACCUGGAGUUGGGCCUUAGUCUGUCUUUGCUUUCUUGACUUUGUUAGCAAAAAGAGUCAGGUUCGUUGUUGGAUUUUUCUCGUUAGAUUCAGGUUAUGCAGCCCAGAAGGGCAGUGCCCUUGGUGAGUCUUGUCAGGAAGUACGUGCUUUUAUGCCCUCUCUCUCCACAUGAAAUUUCAGUUCAUCUGGUUCCUUAUGAACAUUUUACCCACUCAUUUAGUCUCUGUCGACUAGUUUUCUAACUAUUUCUGUAUUUAUUGGUUGGUUUUGUACAGUAAAGAGGACAUUUCUUUUUCUCCUACAUACCACUUAAAAUCACCUUUUGCUCCACAUACCAGCAUUCAAUGAUAUCAGUCUUUAAUUUGAGCAAUUCUGGUGGGUAUGCAAUAGUAUCUUACAGUGGUUUUAAGUUUUUAUUUCCUUAUUAACUAAUGCUGGUGGGCCAUUAGUUAUAGUGGACCACAUAUUUAUUGGGUGUGUAUCUUCUUUUGCUAACUUUUAAGAUUGUGUUUAUUUUCUUAUUUUUGAA